AUGACGUUGAUCAAACCUUUUCUCCUAGCGAUAAUGCUUUCUAUUGCUUCGAACGCUGCAGGAACCAGCUGCCCAGUAGGCUGGCUCCCAAACACCUUUCACGGCACAAAAUGCUGCCCCGGCACUAUGGUCAUCGACGAAGAAGGCGCCUACUGCUGCGUCAAUGAUAUGAGGGCUUACAUAGAGGCACUCACCGACACAGCCGAACUAUAUGCUACCGCCACGACGACUGGCGACACUAACUGGUCCACAGUGGAUAACUCUUGCAUCGCGGAGGUCCGCUUCACGGCCACCGACUACUCGGCCCAGGUCUCGUCGGCGUCGAGCAAAGCCGAGGCUACCCCCACCAAUGAUUCAACCAACGAGGUCACCUCCACCAGUGCCACGACUUCUAGGACUACCUCUGGUGCGAUCUCGCAGACUUCAAAUUUCACUCCGACUCUCACUUCGACUCCGACUCCUACUUCGAAUGCGGCUAUGCCGCUAGCUACGGCCAAAGAUAUUAUGCGGAGUGGUGCUGUAUUUGCUGCUGCCUUUUUCAUGCUCUGA